UUCUGAGUUUGGACCUUAUUACACCAAAAUAAACCCAUCUGGGGCUGCCGUCGCUUGUCGCCGCUCCGGCCUACCCUCCGCCUCAGUACUUUUGGUCGGAGGGUGGCGUCAGAACCCCACCCUAAUCCCCAAAGGAAAUCAGAUAGACCAUAGGUUGCUCGUUCCAGAUCUCUGCCUCUGCCGCGAGUGGGGAAUAAGAGGAGCCGCCGCCGCCGGCCGGCACCUCCGCUCCGCAGCGCUUUGAAUGGGGAACUAUCUGACGAGUAGAAUAACGGCAGAGAAGCAUGUCCAUGUCAAGACACUGAAGAAUAGCAAGGGAAGGCCUGACGUUAAAUUUCAUGACCUUCCAGAGGAUGUACUGAGUGCAAUUUUAUCGAAAUUACCUGUGAAAGAGGCUGUUCGGACCAGUGUUUUGUCGACUGACUGGAGAUGUACAUGGACAGCUUGCCCCAGGCUAAGCUUUGGUGUCAAUGAUGUAUGUAAGAAUGUGAAAAUGAAACAUCAGCACACCCAGAUGUUCAUCGACCGUGUUAAUGCGGUUUUGGGGAAGCACUGUGGCAGGGUUGUUGACCAACUUGAAAUUAAAUUUAUAUUCGAGAGCAAGCUUGUUGAUCACCUCAAUAACUGGAUUAGAUUUGCUAUGUCGACCCACGCAAAGAAUCUAGCUUUUGAUUUGGCGCCACCGUCCAAUCUUCUGAAAUAUGGGGAUCAUUACAGAUUCCCAUUUGAGCUUUUAGACAACAAAAGUGUAUCCUGUCUAGCGUGUCUUCAACUUAGCUUUGUGUGUUUCAAACCACCUCCUGCCGAUUUCAUAGGUUUCCCAAACCUAAAAAAGCUUGAUCUCCAUGCGCUGAAGACCACUAGGCAGGAUCUCGAGAGUAUCUUGUGCAGUUGCAUUACUCUUGAGUGGCUAAGCAUAGUCAGAUGCCAUCUCAAGGAUGAAAUGAAGGUGGUUCUGCAGCCAUUAUCCCAACUGCAGUACUUGAAAAUCAUGCACUGUGAGGUAACCAAGAUAGAGUUCGAUGCUGCAAAUCUAUCCACCUUUGUUUAUGAUGGACCAUACAUACCUAUUACCCUCCAUCAUGCUACGAAACUGGAGAAUGCAAAAUUUUGGUUCCGCGGUGCGGUUUUUCAGCGUGCUGCCACGUCACUCCUCAAUGGGCUACCAGAUGUACAAAACCUGACAUUGCAACUUGGAAUGCAACGCCUAGAGAGCCGGUGGACAUUAAAUAGCCCUCGUGUGUUUUCUCACCUCAGGCACGUGCAGAUACUGUUGGUUAUACAUCAUGAAGACAGUGACAAAAUCCUCUACUUAGUUUCUUUUCUAAGGGUUUCUCCGUUCAUUGAGAAGUUGGAAGUACAUUUCCGUGGCCUUUAUACUAUGUGGUUUGCAACCGAUGGACCUUCGAGACAAGAAAUACCGCCGUUGGAAGAUAAAUAUGUGAAUCUGAAGGACAUGCGUGUUACAGGAUUCAAAGGGGCAAGAGGCCAAGCUGAAUUCAUCAUGCACGUGGUUGAAAAUGCUCCUGCAAUACAGGUCGUAACUGUAGACACAGCUCAAAGGCUAACCGAUGCUUUGGAUCCAGGGGAACCAACCCCUAGAGUAGAUAGUGCUGCUCUUGAUAUGGUUAGAGGCCCUCUCCUGAAGAGGCUCCCACCGAAUGCAAAACUUUCACUUAUUUAAGGCAGACUUCCAUUUGUUGUAUAUACUAGAGGCUGGGGUGCGCCUUGCAGACAUAUACAUCUACAUUCAUGAUGAGUCACUUAUUUUGGGACGGAGGGAGUACUACAUGAGUUAAUUUAUUAGUAUUAGUCUGACAUCUCUCAGACAUCAA